CCCCCCCCCCCCCCCCCAACUGGUCCCAUCAUCAUAACUAUGGUCGAAAAGUAGGAAAAUAAUGGAAUUAAAAAAUCAUAAGUUCUUGCUAGUUUUCUUCUUUACCUGUUGUCUUGUAUUUGUGGGAGGGUCUGAGUUGAGUGAUGAGAGAUCGAUCCUUCUGUCAAUAAAAGCUAGUCUUGUUGACCCGUUGGAUCAUCUCAAAAACUGGAGUUCGAUAGUGGGGAAUGGCUCUGUCCACUGCAGCUGGACAGGAGUGCAGUGCAACACUGAUGGAUUUGUCGAAAAGCUUCAUCUUUCUCACAUGAAUCUGUCGGGCAGGGUGCCGGAUGAAAUCCAGGGCCUUUUGAGACUCAGUUCCCUGGAAUUAUGCUGCAAUGAGUUCACCUCUUUAUUGCCCAAGUCUCUGGCCAAUCUGACGGCACUUAAGAUUAUCGAUCUUAGUCAAAACUUCUUCACUGGUGGAUUCCCUGUUGGCCUGGGAAUGGCAGCUGGACUAAUUACAGUAAAUGCAUCCGGUAACAACUUUUCGGGUGCUCUCCCAGAGGAUCUUGGAAAUGCGACUUUUCUGGACAGCCUGGAUCUGAGGGGGAACUUCUUUGAAGGCUCAAUUCCGAAGGGCUUCAAGAAUCUCACGAGGCUGAAGUUUCUUGGACUCUCGGGGAACAACCUGACAGGGCAGAUACCUGUGGAGCUUGGCGAGUUGGCGUCGCUUGAAACAAUUAUUCUCGGAUACAAUGCAUUUGAAGGAGGGAUUCCUGCAGAGUUCGGUAAUCUCACUAAUCUCAAGUAUUUGGACCUGGCAGUCGGCACUCUUGGCGGCUCGAUUCCACCUGAACUGGGGAAGUUAAAGCAGCUGAAUACCGUCUUCCUGUACCAGAACAAUCUUGUGGGAGAGAUCCCACCAGAGCUUGGCAACAUGGCAGCAGUGCAGUUCCUGGACCUGUCGGAUAAUAUGCUGUCGGGUGAAAUUCCAGGGGAAAUAGCUGAACUUAAAAGUCUGCAGUUACUGAACCUGAUGUCAAACAAUCUUUCGGGCUCUGUUCCUCCUGCCAUAGGAGGAUUGACUCGUCUUGAGGUGCUUGAGCUCUGGGACAACAUGUUGUCGGGCCCUUUGCCAGGUGAUCUUGGCCUGAAUUCGCCUCUCCAAUGGCUUGACGCCUCCUCUAAUUCCCUGUCCGGUUUGAUCCCUAAAACUCUUUGCAGCAGAGGAAACCUUACAAAGCUCAUCCUUUUCAACAAUAAUUUCACCGGUCCAAUUCCAGGGAGUUUAUCAACAUGUGCGUCGCUUGUUCGAGUCAGGAUUCAUAAUAAUCAUCUGUCAGGCACAAUCCCUGUCGGCUUUGGCAAGCUUGGGAACCUUCAGAGACUUGAAAUGGCUAACAAUAGCCUUGCUGGUCAACUACCCAGUGACUUGUCUGCUUCCACUUCGCUAUCUUUCAUUGAUUUAUCGAGAAACCAAAUCCAAUCCCCCCUUCCUCCCUCCAUUCUCUCCAUUCCAACCCUCCAAAACUUCAUGGCCUCAGGAAACAACUUGAUGGGAGAAAUCCCUGAUCAGUUCCAGGACUGUCCUGCACUGGCAAUCCUCGAUCUCUCCAGAAAUCGGCUCACUGGAAACAUUCCAGAAAGUAUUGCCUCCUGCAAAAGAAUGGUGAAUUUAAAUCUAAGAAACAAUCAGUUAUCUGGAUCAAUCCCGAAAUCAUUAGCCAUGAUCCCUGCCCUUGCUGUCCUCGAUCUGUCAAACAAUCUUCUCACAGGAGAAAUUCCAGCAACUUUUGGGAAUUCUCCAGCCUUAGAAACUCUCAAUGUUUCUUACAAUAAGCUAGCAGGUCUGGUCCCGGGAAAUGGUGUGCUUGGAACCAUUAAUCCGGAUGAUCUAAUCGGCAAUGCAGGUCUUUGUGGGGGUGUCCUUCCUCCUUGUCCUCACACUGCAGUAUACAGAAAUAAACAGCAGGGAGUGAAAGCAGAACACAUAAUCGGAGGAUGGAUAAUCGGGAUAUCAACACUUCUAACUUUAGUACUAGUCGGGGUUGGGGCUCGUUCCCUCUACAAAAAAUGGCGGGACGGGAACUGCUUCGAGGAGAGAUUUGAAAUGGGCAGCAGUGACUGGCCAUGGAGACUGAUGGCAUUCCAGAGGCUGGGUUUCAACAGUACCGACAUCCUAUCCUGCAUCAAGGAAUCUAGUGUGAUCGGGAUGGGGGCAACCGGGACAGUCUACAAAGCCGAGAUACAAAGACUAAACACGACUGUCGCAGUCAAGAAACUAUGGAGAUCAAGAACUGACCUCGAGAUGGGAAGCAGCGACGACCUUGUGGGAGAGGUGAACCUUUUGGCAAGGUUAAGACACAGGAACAUCGUCCGGCUCGUGGGAUUUCUUCACAACGACGCUGAUGCAAUGAUAGUCUAUGAGUAUAUGCAGAAUGGCAACCUUGGGGAGGCUUUACACAGCAAACAGGGAGGCCAGUUGUUGGUGGAUUGGGUUUCUAGGUAUAACAUAGCACUUGGGGUUGCACAGGGCCUGGCUUAUCUACACCAUGACUGUCACCCGCCCGUGAUUCACCGGGACGUGAAGCCAAAUAACAUUCUACUAGACGAAAAUCUAGAGGCAAGAAUAGCUGAUUUUGGGAUAGCUAAGCUGAUGCAUAACAAGAACGAAACAGUAUCAGUUGUUGCAGGAUCCUACGGGUACAUCGCCCCUGAGUAUGGAUACACAUUGAAAGUAGACGAGAAGAGUGAUAUAUACAGCUACGGAGUAGUUCUAAUGGAACUCCUAACAGGGAAGAAGCCCUUAGAAGCUGAAUUUGGAGAAUCAGUAGAUAUUGUACAGUGGAUAAGAGGAAAGAUGAGAGAAAACAAACCUUUGGAAGAAGCUCUAGACCCGAGCGUUGGUAGCAGCACGCACAUUCGAGAAGAGAUGCUUUUGGUGCUGAGAAUUGCUGUUCUUUGCACUGCAAAGAAUCCAAAAGACAGACCAUCAAUGAGAGAUGUGUUAUCGAUGCUCGGAGAAGCCAAGCCUCGGAGAAAAGGUAGUGCAAAUAACAGUAGGAAUGAUAUUUACAAGGAAAAGCCAGUGUUUAGUACCUCACCAGUACACGACAUUCCUUGAAUACGCCCCAACUCUAUGCUGCUUCCGGGCGCUAAUUAAUUUAGUUGUAUUUUUGGCUCACUAUUUGUAACUAGAAGCUUAUAUUUA